AUUAGUUUAGUGUAGCCACGCAUACUUCGGCGUCUGUUUUUACGAGGAGCGCGAAGGCUCACGGGAGUGUGGUAAUUCAAAAUGUCGGCAUCUGAAAGCGAAUUGGAGGUUGCAGAGAUACUAGGUGAGCGAAAGAGCCGUAAAGGCCUGGAGUACCUCAUCAGGUGGAAGAACUAUGGUAAAGAUGAAGAUUCCUGGGAGCCACUGAAAAACUUGCAAAAUGCAGUCCAGGCUCUGGCUGCCUUCAAAGCAAAGCUAUCUUCUCCAAAGAAGAAGAGUGGAAGAAAGUCAAAAUCUCGAUCAAGAUCUAGAAGUCGUUCACGCAGCAGGACCUCGAGCAAAUCACCGGCCCGCGGGAAGAAGGCGGCGUCACCAUCCAGGUCCAGUCGAAGGUCUACAACUACAGUAACAAAAACACCCACUGUACAGGAGACAAAGACCGAAACAGUCACAACCUCACCAGGCAGGAGAGCAACAACAACAGAGACUGUCACUAAAUCUCUACUCACUCCAUCUACAAGCCAAAAAAUCUCUCAGGUGACGAGGAGCACUGAGGUGCACACAUCAUCCACACGCACGGAUUCUGUAGCCCCCCAGAAAGAGCCAUUGGGAAUCAUGGGUAGAUUGUGCGGCUGCUGGAAAAACAUGUGUAACUGCACAUGUGGCAUUGUCAGGUCCGACUAUCCGGCCAUCGUGGUGUUCACAACCAUUGCCAUCAUCAUUCUUAGCUUCAUUGUCCAGGAUAAAGUUGACUUUGAGAAGGGCUGGGCUGCAUUUGUUGGCUUCUUUGUGGGCAUCUGGACAUGGCUGACGUCGCUGAUGCCAAAGAGCAGCUAGAGGGCGGCCUGGCACCUACAGCCAUUCAGGUGGUGUGUGUGCCCGGUCCGGUGGCACCCACUGUUGUAUAAAAGGCAGCAAACCAUGUCUUUAUUCAAUCAUCAUGUUGACAGGAUGUUAUCCUACUCACUGUCACUUGUUUUAUUAGUUAGUUUUAAUAAUUGUCUUGCAUUGUCCUGCUUUGGAUCUAAACCUCUUUGACCAUAAAGUAUUCAAUUCUAUUUUUUGUAUCUUAAUUAUGAACUUUUAGAGUAUUUUGAGAAUGGUUUUACUUAGGUUUUGUACAGCUUUUAAGAAUAGUAGUUUUUAUGGAAAAGUCAUAUGCAGGCUUUGUGAGGUGAUCAUAAUUUUCUGAAUGAAGUGCAUAUUAUACUCCUAAAAGACUAAAUAAAUGAGAGAAAUAAAUAUUGUAUUGAUAUAUAUAUAUGUAUAAUUGUACCUUUUUCCUUCUUAGAUUCUUGCAAUUUAAGCAUUUUAAAAGAAUGUGGCCAAACUCAAUUCUUUAAUUUCUUGUUUUGAAAGAAUUGUUGUUAGCAAGCAAUACCUGUAUCACUGUUGUAUUUACUUGAAGUAUUAUCACACUAAGAGGUCAUAUGGUGUACUUAAUUACUUGAUUCCAGUAGAUAGCUUGUGCAUAAAAGUUUUGAUACUCAGAUUGUACCCUUCUUAAUCAGGUUGUAUACAUGCAUUGGCAUACUUGGUGUACAUGAUUUUUUAUGUUUUAUUUUUAAACAUUACAAAAUACAUUGUUUUAUUCAGUCAUACACCAAAAUGUUAAAUGUUAGUCUUAUAGUUUGCCGUAUAAUCAAAUGUUAAUCCAAUUCCAAAAUAAUUACUGCCCAUUUGAAACCUGCCGGCCAGGGACUAAUCAAAACCUACAGCACCAUUAAUUGUGUUUAAUUCAGUUGCUUUAGCUUCUAGAGUUUUUGCCCUGGUAUUAACAGUUAAUUAAUGAAACUUUUUUACCAUACAAUAGGUGUGGCUUUUACAAAAUUAUUUGCAUUUCUUAAUUUGCUAGCUUUUACUUGCCAUUAGGGAUUCCCCUGUAGGAUUUUAAUGUUGCAUUAAGGCAUUCAAAGUAAUUAUUUUUCAGUUUUACCCCUUUCCAGCUUGAAAUUUUAAGUGAGAUUUAUUAUGCAAAGUUUCUGCUGAACUAAAAUGUAUUUUGAAGGUCUGAUUGAUACUUUUUGCAGGAUACCAAUUUUGUGAAUCAAUUGAAUUUAUAUGUGUUGUAAAUAGGUGCCUUAAUGUAAUGUUGGUUUUAUGUCAACCAUUUAAUAAAUUAUGAGUAAAGUAAGAUGUUUCCAUUAUUCGUACACUGGUGGCAUAUAGUUUGUAUGUUAUAAAAAGGAUUUCAGCAUCCAUCGUAUAUGUCACAUUGCAAAUACAUGAAACAUUUAGAGUUUCUCAUAUUAUGUAUCUGGUAUGUACUGCAUAUGUUUUUAAUGAUCAUUCGUAUGUGUUUUGCCAUCAUCAUACAUUUAGUUAUGGCUAAUUCAUCCUUUUAAACUCUCAUUUUAAUGUCAUGAUUCUGUUUGAUGUCAACAUUUAUUACCAUAUUUCCAUGUUUCAGUAUUUGUACCGAACAAGUAAUAAUUGUUUCAUAAACAACAAGUGUACAUUCGUUUUGUAUGCAUUUGGUGUCGUUCUUUGUGUACUGUAAAAGUGUCAUGUAUUUCAAUGUAAGCAAUAAAUUUCUUACCAAUC